UCAACUUCCUCUGAAAACAACACCACGUGUUUGCAGGGAAUGAAUGGUGCUGGACAGCCGUUCCACAUCCACAUUCAAAGUCAUUAAGAGCUAAAUCUACCGUUUACUGUCCAGUGGUUGUGUUCGUUUAAAACGGCAGAGCACGCGGGUUUUGGAGAAGGUAUUGUUUCUAGCCAUGAGUUUUGUGGAGUAUUCGGAUUGCAUUCGGGAUGGGGACGUCGCCAUCGUGUACCUGGGCCACGAAUCCAUGACGCCAGUGAAGGUGAAGCAGGGCGCCCAAACACAGACGCGCUAUGGGGUCAUUCGUCACUCUACGGACCUGAUCGGACGGCGCUACGGUUCAAAGGUCACCUGCAGCAAAGGUGGCUGGGUGUACGUGCUUCAUCCCACACCUGAGCUGUGGACCGUCAACCUGCCGCACCGCACACAGAUCCUGUACACCACCGACAUCGCCACCAUCACCAUGAUGCUGGAGCUGAAGCCGGGGUCCGUCGUCUGCGAGUCAGGGACGGGUAGCGGCUCCCUCUCCCAUGCCAUCCUGAGAACCAUCGCCCCCACAGGACACCUGCACACAGUGGAGUUCCACCAGCAGCGGUCGGAGAAGGUGUUGGAGGAGUUCGUAGAGCACCGAGUGGAUCACCUGGUCACCGUCAGGAACCAGGACGUGUGCAAAGACGGGUUCGGAGUGAGCGGGGUGGCCGACGCCGUCUUCCUGGACAUCCCCAGCCCCUGGGAGGCCAUCAAACACGCUAAGGCUGCGAUGAAGAAACACGGAGGUCGGGUGUGUUCCUUCUCUCCGUGCAUCGAGCAGGUUCAGAAGACGUGUUUGGCGUUAUCAGAUCACGGUUUCGAGGAGAUCAACACCCUGGAAGUCCUGCUGAGGGUCCACGACGUGCGCACCAUCUCCCUGCCGCAACCGGACUUCGGCCCGGAACCUUCUGCUCAGAUUCAGCCCGACUCCACCGUGAAACCACCUCAAAAGCACACCUCCAUCGCUGUGAAGACCACCACCCCACCCAGAGAAAUACCCGGGCACACAGGGUACCUCACCUUCGCUACCAAACCCAGAACCUAAUUGUUCUUAAUUUACCCCAGCAGCAAACAGGAUGUGGUUUAUAAUCUCGCUUCAGUGUGUUUUCAUGUACAUUAAUGAGGCGGUGAUAAUCCAGCGGGGCACCAGGCUCCUCCAGGUCCCGGCUGGCACUGCAGCAGCGAGAGGAUUUACACUUUGUGUUACAUAACUUCAUCCUCCCGUCACUUGGCACCAGGUUUGUUGCUUGCAUCAAGCACAAAUGAAUCCAUUUCAUUUGAGAAGAGAGGACUAUACUUUGUCUCCCCUUUUUAUAUCCUUUUUAAUCUUUCAUUUGUUGGGGGACAGCCUUUUUUUUUUCCAUUUUGUGUACUUUUGUAUUCAAGAAAAUACAAUAAAUGUGUAAAAGGA